UGGCGAGCCGCGCCUGGCGCUGCGCUGCGUGGUGGAGCGAGCCGAGCCGGGCCGGGCGCGAGAAGGGAGCGCGGCGCGCCGGGGAUUUCCAGCCUGGGCUCGGCGGGCGGGAGAGGAAGUGCGGGGCGGGGCGGGGGAGAGCGCCGGGGCAGCGCACCAGGGACUUUCCAGCCGGGCUGCGUCGGGGCUGGCUUUGCUGCAGCGCCGCCGGGUCUCUCCCCCUCCUCGCACGCAGGCGAGAGAGCAGCAGGGGAUAGCUUUGUAAGCCAGUGCGGAAGGAACAGCUUGUUACUGUAAAAAGAGACAGCAAGAAGGUUAAAGAAGUCAACAGUUGGCAGCUUCAACGCAGAACCGAUUCACUGUUCAGUUUUUUUUGAUGCCUUUUCUUCUCUGUUCAAGCAUCAAUGUCAUUGAGCUUUUCCGUUUCCAUUUUACAGAAUAAAUCAGUUGCAACAUGGACACUACCAAGAAGUCUGAUCCCCCAGUGUCAGUGGAAACAGUACAACAAAAGGCCAACCCUGAACGCAGCCCUGUAACAUCAAUUUAUAUACCAGAACAAGGUGGUUACAAAGAGAAGUUUCUGAACACCGUGGAAGACAAGUACAAGUGUGAAAAGUGCCAUCUCAUAUUGUGCAAUCCAAGACAGACAGAAUGUGGGCAUCGAUAUUGCGAGACUUGCAUGGUUGCUGUAUUAAGUUCUCCAAAUCCAAAAUGUGCAGCGUGUCCAGAGACAAUAGCAAAAGAGAAGGUGUUUAAGGAUAAUUGCUGUAGGAGGGAACUUCUUGCUCUUCAGAUAUAUUGCAGAAAUGAAAACAAAGGCUGCCGAGAACAAUUGGCCCUGGGACAGUUGCUAAACCAUCUAAGAAAUGAUUGUCUUUUUGAAGAACUUCCAUGUCCUCGUGUUGACUGUAAAGAGAAAAUCCUGAGGAAAGACUUGCCCAGUCAUGCAGAAAAGACCUGUAAAUACCGGGAAAUGACAUGUAAAUAUUGUAAAAGCCAAGUUCCAAUGAUUAUGAUACAGAAACAUGAAGAUGCCGACUGUCCUUGUGUUAUGGUUACGUGUCCUCAUAAAUGUAGUGUUUCCGCACUUCUGAGAAAAGAGUUGAAUGCACAUUUGUCAGAAUGUAUUAAUGCCCCAAGUACCUGUAGUUUUAAGCGUUAUGGCUGCAUUUUUCAGGGAACAAACCAGCAAGUUAAAGCACAUGAAGCCACCUCCGCAGUGCAGCAUGUAGACUUAUUGAAAGAGUGGAGUAAUUGUCUAGAAAAUAAGGUGGCCACGCUCCAGAAUGAAAGUUUGGAAAAGAACAAGAGUAUACAAACUUUGCAUAAUCAGAUUUGUACCUUUGAAAUAGAAAUUGAGAGACAAAAGGAAAUGCUUCGGAGUAAUGAAUCUAAAAUACAUCACUUGCAGCUGCCAUCACACCGCGAGGUUGUCCACUGCGAGACUAAAGGUUUGCUAGAAUCACAGCUAUCUCGGCACGAUCAAAUGCUGAGUGUUCAUGACAUCCGACUAGCCGACAUGGAUCUCCGGUUUCAAGUUCUGGAAACUGCCAGUUACAAUGGAAUAUUAAUUUGGAAAAUUCGAGAUUACAAACGUCGGAAGCAAGAGGCAGUGAUGGGGAAGACUUUGUCCUUAUACAGUCAACCUUUUUAUACAGGAUACUUUGGCUAUAAGAUGUGUGCCAGAGUUUACCUCAAUGGUGACGGAAUGGGCAAAGGGACGCACUUGUCCUUGUUCUUUGUCAUAAUGCGGGGGGAAUACGAUGCAUUGCUUCCGUGGCCGUUCAAGCAGAAAGUCACCCUUAUGCUAAUGGAUCAAGGAACUUCUCGACGUCAUCUAGGAGAUGCCUUCAAACCAGACCCAAACAGCAGUAGUUUCAAGAAACCCACCGGAGAAAUGAAUAUUGCUUCUGGCUGCCCUGUCUUUGUUGCACAGACUGUUCUAGAAAACGGAACCUAUAUUAAAGAUGAUACUAUUUUUAUUAAAGUCAUAGUGGAUACUUCGGAUCUCCCAGACCCCUGACGUAUGGCACUGAGGUCAAUUCAGCAGAAGAAAACUCCAUUGGGGGCUCUUUUUUAUAUCAGUCUGUCUUCAACAAGAGGUCCCUAAAGCUCAGAGGGAUCCCCAUGUGUUAACGGAAGGAAGAGAUGGGAGGCAUCACUUGCGUAGGGUCCAAUGGCAAACCGUAGCAACCCAUUAAAGAAAUCAUACCAUGGUAUAUUUUCUAACUAAAACUUAGUAGGAACACUUAAAGUUCUGACUUGAUCUUCAUGAGGAUAAAGAUGACAUCAGAAAAGCUUUUUUCUUAAUAUAUUGGUGAUCUAAUCAGUUGGAAGGAAAAACAAAAACAUCAGACUUUUCUUCCUUUUUGACUAGAAAACAAACGCCGAAGUUUAUACGUGGGUUAGCUAGAAACUGUCAGCAUGUUAAGUUAAAAACAAAAAAACGAAGACGAAAUUAUGAAGUAAUGUUGCAGUUAAGAUAUUAUUACUUUGAAAAUCUAAAGUGCAAUCUUGUCUGAAAUAUAGUAUACUGUCUAUUUUUAAGGCCUCACCUGGUCUCUGUUUUAAAAUAAUUACUUUGCCAGAAGACCUCGACAGACUGUCCAGAUCUUCUAGAAAGUGUCUAAAUCAGAGUCAUAUUUUUGUUUAGAGUUCUAUUAAUUGCUACAGAAAAAAAAACAUUUUAUUUUAAAACUGUUGAUAGACUGAUAUUUCUUGGAAGAAAAAAAAGAUCAAAUACAGGUUAUCACUUGUGAUAUGAAAAAGAAACUAUUCAACUACUGCUGUUAUUUCUCUUUAGAAAUGUAAACCUACAAUAUAUGUCGUAGUUAAUGACACUAUUUCAAAAUUGAGGAAAAAUAAUCACUCAUGGAUGCUGUGCAUCAUUUAUCAGAUUUAUAAUUUUCACCCUAAAAUAGGGCAUUUGUUGAACUUUGGAGUUCUAAACGGAAUCCUGUAUGUUUUUAAAGUUCUGCCUCAUGCGCUCAGACCAAGCUCUGUAAAGUGUGUAUAUAUAUAAUAUCUAUUUUUUUGCUAAAGCAUAAAUGUGCAACAUAUUUUUGGUGUUUGAGAAGAGGCGUUAGUGCUGAGGAAUACUUGUAUGGGAAAACCUGCUGAAGCGUCCUCUCUACUUGGCAAUUAAGUCUAUCGGAACAGAGGAUAUCCGUUAGGAGAAAGCAGUGUCUUAAUGGAAAGACGGUGGCUUGCAUGCUUCCAUGUGCCUUAGCUGUCACGUGCUGCUUUAUAGCUCAUAGCUUUGUAUUUUCAGAUUUUAAUUUCAAGAUAACCCGACAGUCAUUUUAACUGGACUUUAGGCGUAGCGUGCUGACUGGUGUGUGCAGCCCAUCAACCUUUUGCAGCAUGUGGAAAAAACAACAACCCUGUGAUUCUGGCUUACCAGAGAUUCCACUGACUCAGUGUCAUGGAGUAUGUAUUUAUUCAGGUGCUAUAUUUUGCUUAUGAGGCUCCUAUGGAGCUGGGGUUUCUGGCAGCGCCCCCUGUUUCUAAUUCAGCAGAAGAUCUACGGCUCAGCUCCAUGCUUCUGGGCGGCCAGUGACAGAGGCUAACAUCAUUCCAAAUUGGCUCAGUUCGGGAUUGUGAGGGGAUAUAUAAUCAGUACAUUCGUGGGGGUUAUUUUCUGACAGAUUGACACGUGUUCCUGCAGGGAAAUCCACAGGACCCUCUUGUUAUAAAUGACUACCUGAGCUUUACUAGAAAGCAUUUUCCAGCCUUUGAAUCAUGCUGAUUGCGACUCACAGAACUUACCGACUUCUGUUUUAAUAGUCCCUUGUGCGACUCGUAAGUCUAAUGGCAUAACUUGGACUUGUACACCAACCAUGUGGGUGCUGCUUUAUUGCAUGGGUGAUGUGUAACAACAGAGUGCUCCCCCUAGACUGAGUUGACAUGCACAAUGAAAGAAAAAGAAUUGUGUGCUCUUGUGUUCUCUGGCUAGUCAUGUUUCAUCUGCCAAGUUUUCCCCAUAGGACUUUGGUGUUGAUUGCCGGGGUUUGUGUCUAGGGCUCAGUUGGAAUGUUCAUGUCUUUUAGUUAAGUUUCCUUGCUCUUGCCAUUGUCUUUUAUGGCUGUGCCUUCCCACACAGUGCCUGCCAGAAGUAUUUUUCUGUUAAUAAAUAUACCAGUUGCAUGCUGAGUUGUCCUCAUGGGUUUUCCAGGCACCUGCUUGAAUACUGCCUGCUUUUUUGGCAGCCAAAGCAUCCAGUAGCAACACGUCUUCCUCUUCUUGCCUUCCAUUGUCCAGGUACUGUAUCCUCUCUUAUGGUACUUAGCUGUCAAUUGGUACAAAUCAUCGCUAAGAAGGCAGAAUUCUGGCUGUGAUAACAGCAAGGAGGACUUCCUGCCAAAGACGACACAAGGUGCAGUGUUACGCAGGCUGAUGUAAACCCAUCAACCUUCUACUUUGGGGGGGGGGGGAAGAGUUAACUCAGCUUGUGAUACUCAUAGUCAUGACUGUAGGCAGCUGAGCUUUUGUAUAUGCAUUACAGAAUUUUACUGAAAACAGGAUUCCCUAGUGGAAAUGUCCAAAGGGCUCACUUACCCAUUGCUACUGCAUAUUUUCAUGAAACUGUUUCAAAGUGCGAACAAUUUAUGUCCUGUUUGAAUAUGAUACUUCUUGAAAAUAAUUAUUCCAAUCCCAGGCCCUUUGCAACGCAGCGUUUUCUUAAAAGUAGGUUUUACUUCAAAAUCCUAGCAAAUAUGAAUAGAAUGAAAGCUGACAGACACCCAGGGGUUCCUGGACAGACACCCUAGACAGUGUUGACCCAGGGACAUUGUAGUGGGUUGUGUCCUGCUGACUGGCAUCAUUAAGGGUGGUGUAUUGCAUUGGCAUAGGGCAUGUUCCUUUGGCUUGAGAUAUUUGCUUGGGUGGAAUACAACUUGCAGUGGUGAAUCGUCCUGAAUUGCACGAGGGGGUGGGAAAUACAACCCAAUUCUUCCCUGUUUGCAAAAUUGGCUGAUAAGAAUUCUGACUUACAAAUUCCACCAGUGAACAGUUUCCAUCUGUUUACUGUUAGUAGUAAAGUUUUUGUUCUCUAAUAAAAACUAAGGCCCCUGUUUUUCCAAAGCCUAACAUUAGUGAGACCAUAUUAUAAUUGAGAGCAGUGCAUUUUUAGUAAAACAGCUGUAAACGAAGACUAAACAAGGC